GCUCUUUUAUUACUUGCGCCGAAAUUGAACAUAACAUCACGUAUGUGGUUCUCCGGAUGGAUGGAUGGAGCCCACGCUGGUCAUGUCAGGCUCCGGUAUCCUUGGUCUUAGCGCUGAGCGGUACCUGCAUCUGAUAUUCUCACCAUCAGUGUUGCAGGGGUCAGGGCGUGUCUUUUGCUCUCCCUCCAGCAGUGCAGUGGACAGGAUUCGUACGCGGACAUGAGUUGCCUAGUGUACUUCAUUAUCGUUUCUCUGAUGGCUGUCACUCUUGCAUCGGCUUCAACAAUAGUCCCGCGCGGGCCCCAGACUAAUGCAACUUGCACCAGUGAUUAUGAUUGGACUGACAACGAAUCAGGUUUGAGUCCUUGUCUGCUGGCGUCGUAUUUGUUGGGAUCCUGUUUGACCGGUGAUUACGGCGUAUGGGCUUUACCGGCCGACUCCCAUUAUAAUCCUCCGAAUGUCGGUACCAUGUCGUCGACUCCAUGCUCAUGUUCUUGGUCCGUUUAUAACCUCUUGAGUGCCUGCACGGUAUGCCAAGGCAACGUGAAUUCCGUUCUGAGCUGGGCCUACUACAAAGCAGAAUGUCCGGACGACGACUUGUCCACGACAACGUUCUAUCCUUACGAUAAAGGUUAUGAACUUCCUGAACCGGCUUCCAUUCCGUACUGGGCCACCCAAAAUCAUGAUAGCGCUGAAUUGGCCUGAUGGGGGUUUUGAUUCCUCGGAUGCCAAAAACAUGUCUUCUCAAGGUGGGU